UUCUGUCUAUGCAGGUGUCUCGUCUCAGGUGCCUGUCCAGUGCAGACCUUCAACACUGGGUUUUCACUUGACUUCGUAUUCUUUUCCUGUUCUACUCAAAUAGGCUUGCCUAAACUAUUUGAUUUAGUAUAUAUUUUUUGCUUUCUAAAACAUUAACCAUUUCUUUUUCAGACGAGUCAAAACUUUGAAUUGUUGUCUGCUUAAGAGAAGCCAGCUGGAUGAAAACGACGCGUGAGGUAUCAAUUUAUGCCUGUUGAAUAGGCACACUUGGAGAGGAGGGUAGGCCUAUGUUUUUCCGUCACCGUUGGUUACUGUGAGUGACGGGGUAAAGAUGUCUGUGAUGGAAAACAUAAAGAAAGAAAGAGGACAAUUGAUUAUAUCGAUUCUCCGUCUUACCAGGAUAAACUACAACUGUACAAGCUGAGGGUAGUCGUUAUUUAUCAACUAAACUCAUGAUCGUGUAUGGAGUAUGGCAGGUGUUGACAUAUGACAGCAAAUUAUAGUGACUAGUUAGUUGAUGAUUCUCUUGUGAAAUAAAACGGGGGUCUAAUCGAGAACUUCUGAUUGUCAAGAGUUCCCAUCCCUCUUCAACACUAUGGACGUCGUCGACUACAGAAGCGAGUUAAGGAUGUCAGCCAGAGAAGUCAAAGCCUUCCUAGACGCGGACAGAUUCACGGGUGUCGGGGACGGGAUUCAGGGUGAUGUUGAAUAUAGAUUUGUGGAUGUCCUGCUAUUUGGUGGGGCACCUUGGGGGUUCACUCUGAGAGGGGGUCUGGAGCACCGAGAACCACUGCUCAUAACCAAGGUGGAGGAGGGCAGCAAGGCGGCGACCGUCAGCCUGCAGGUGGGAGAUGAGAUCGUCAACAUCAACACAGUUCCCAUCAGUGGAUCCAGACAGGAGGCCAUCUGUCUGGUCAAAAGCUCCCACAAGACCCUCGCCCUGGUCGUCAGAAGGAGGAAUGAACCAGUCUCCCGGCCCCAUUCAUGGCACUCCUCCAAGUUCACAGAAGACCACCCCGAACCCACAGAGAGUCACAACGAGCCUCCACCUGUGUGGCAGGUCAAACAUGAAGUCAGUGCAUCCACAAAAGACCUUUCCAGCUGCGCGGACCACGACUCGAAUCUACGCCAGUUAUCUAGCCAGUUCAGCUCCGUGGGGAAUAUGGAGAGAGUAGAGCGUCCCUCACACCCCUACCCACCAGGAUGCCUCUCCCCCAGCAGGUACCACCGCAGCGCUGAGCCUCUCUCUGGGGGUGGAGUGUCUGGUGGGAAGAGCGAAUCAGCUUUCAGCUGCCUGUCCUCUACCAGCCCUCCCCCGGAGCCUGCUCUGGCCCUCACCAACACUGCGGCGACUGAGGGCAGCGUGUUCUAUAAGGGGGUCCAGACUCAGACCAGUGAGGUCGGAAGGCAGGGUGAGCAGCGCCACAGCCGGUACCUCCAGCUGCCCCAGGGGGACGGAGGCUCCGAGAGCCCCAGGACAGUCCCAGAGGAGCAGCUUGGCUCCCACUACUCCAGCUCAGGCUCUGGCAGAUCGCACAUAGGCCCUGUGUGGCACGUCCCAGAGAGGAGGAAGGUAGCAGCCCCCCCCUCUCCUCCUCCUCCACCCCUGCGCAAUGACAGCUUUGCUGCCACCAAGGUGUACCCUGCCUACACAGAGGGGCCUGGAGCUCCACCACAGGCCCUAGAGAACAGCAGCUACAGAGCCCGGGGCAACCAUAUCUCUCACAAUGAGAAUGGGCCAGACCCCAGGUGCAGUUACAACCCUCCACCUCACAAAGACUUCUUCCACCCAAACAUAGCUGCAGGAGCACCUGACUACAACCACAACCAGCUCAGCAACCCAAACAAACUGUUCUCGCUGUCUAGCCAAGACGUGAGACAGAGUCAGUCUCCCUUCGCUUGCCUGCCCAACCACCAGCGGCAGUACAGCGACGAAAGCACUUUCUACCUGCAGACCAGAUCCGCCCCACAUCCACCGAAGCCGCAGAGCGUCGGAAGCUACUACCACAGCCUCCAGGAGCUCCCUACCAACCGGAGUAACAGUAGGAACCACGUGAGGUCCUCCACCACGUCCCUGUCCACCUCGACCAUCGACCAGAACUAUGACGGCGGAGGACACAUCAGGUACUACUGCAUCACAACCAAGCAGCCAGGCCAGCCAGAGACUCGUGUUAGACAGAGCAAAUCAGAGGUCUGGAUGGCUGACAUGGAGCUAGCUAAGGGCUCAAACGACAGGGGCUCCACAAGUUCCUCCCACAAGACCAACAAUACCACUGAGGAGAGGGAGAGGAGGAGUGAGGGCCAGAGACCUACAGAGGCCCAGCUUAGAAGCUCUUACUCUCCCAGUCCGCCCGAGGACCACAAGGCGGCACCGCUGAGAGAAGACCCGUGGGUCUCUCAGGAGAACCAUAAGAUCUUUCCUCAAAAGACACCCAUGCUCCACAGUCUGGCUCAGGGGAGUAGAAGCCUAGCCCAGGAGAUUAGGAGCCCAAUGCUUCAUUCUCUAGCCCAGGAGAGUAGGAGUCCAAUGCUUCAUUCUCUAGCCCAGGAGAGUAGGAGCCCAAUGCUUCAUUCUCUAGCCCAGGAGAGUAGGAGUCCAAUGCUUCAUUCUCUAGCCCAGGAGAGUAGGACCCCAAUGCUUCAUUCUCUAGCCCAGGAGAGUAGGAUCCUGGUGGAGAAGAUUCACUCUGCUACGGCACCACCACCACCAUCCAACGGCGGGGGAGACACCAACCACGCCAUACAGGAGGCUUUAACAAACAACACGGCAACGGGCAAACUGGCGAGACGCAGCGACCGAUACGCCACCACCCUCCGCAACGAGAUCCAGCUAAAGAGGGCCCAGCUGCAGAAAAGCCGGAGCGCUGCCACCCUGACCUGCCCCAGCGAGACGGAGGAGCCAGAGGAGGAGGCAGACCCAAGGGGGUGGAAGUGCACCUCCUCCGACGGCUCCUUUUCCUCCUCCUACAAGGACCACCUCAAGGAGGCUCAGGCUAGGGUCCUCCAGGCCACGUCCUUUAGGAGGAGAGACCUAGAACCUCCCGGGUCAGGGUCGGAGGCUCAGUUAACCAAACCCAACUCACACACAGUCUCCCGCAUUGGCGGCCGCAAGCGUUUCCCUCUGAACAAGAGGGUCCACUCAUUCUCCGAGCCAGACAAGAUCAACAAGCUGGGAGUGGAGGGUGAGGGAGAACAUCCCGUUGGAACAGCACAGCCAUUUGUAGAUCGACAGAAGAUCUUUGAAAUGGCUGCUAAACCUGCCUUCUGCAGACCCAUCUCAACCAUCCACAAGUCAGGCCAGCAGAGCUCCAGCACCACCUCCAGCACUUUGGAGCACGGAGAGGGCAAGGCCAGAGGGAGAGCCCACUCAGGAGAAUCUCAGGAGAAACACCCAGACCCCCUCAGCCCCGCAGGCAGACAGGCCCUACUGGAGCAGCAGAGGCUGGGGACCUUCACCGAGUACCAGGUCACCUGGAACAUGCAGAGGAAGGAUUCAGACACAAAGACCCAGGGGAGGUACCACUCUGCUGACGACAUCCUGGACCAGGGAACAGAGGAGACUCCUGUCUCUGUCCAUGAGAGGUCCAGAUCGUCUCCCUCACAAGACUUCUACACACAGAAGAUCCCUGUGCCAUGGAGAGAGACUGUUGAAAUUCUGGACCAUAGACAGGACCAGCAAGGAGGCAGUUACACCACCAGAGUUCAGAGCGAGAGCCAAGAGCAGCCAGCCCAGCUCCACCACUUCCCACAGCCUCCACAACAGUCUAUUCCAAGACUGACCGACACAGAGCCACACAGCAGCAGAGACGUGGCCGCCCCCGCCCCCGCCCCCCUCCCUCUCCCUCACCCCUCUGACCACAGAUACAAAUGUGACUCUGCGGACCCCGGCCACAACCUCUCUGCGUACCCUUCCAACCACACCCACAGCUCUGUGUCUGAGCAACCACUACCACCUCCAAUGGCGGCUCCCAAGCCCCAGAAUACAGGCCUCAUCAUCAUGCCACAGUGGCCUCUCCUAGGCCUGGAAACCCCCUCAGCCACAUCCUCCACCUACGGACUGUCUCCCCAGGAAUUCCUGCCUGGCCCUUACACCCAUCAGGCUGAACCAUCAUCCAGCAGCAGCUGUUCCUCCCAUGGCCCAGAGCUGGAUCCUGUCCCAAACCAAGCCUGCUCCUUGGGCUCCACCCAGCUCCCCUCUCCCUCCCCUGGGAGAACCGCUGGACUGGGCACGGAGGAGGGAGCAGCUGAUUCAACACUAGAGCCGCCACCCUCCCCCUCUCCCCACUCUCCUUUAUUCUCCUACCAGCCUGCCAGUCUGACGGUUCCCUCCUCAGGUGGGACUAGUUCUCCCUCUCCUCAGUUUGCUCCACAGAGGCUGACGGACCAGCCCCCUGUCUCUGUGUCUGUGCAGGAUGAAGCCCAGAGCAGGCCAGAGAACAGGACCAACGCUGUGAUGGAGAUGAGCAGUGUAGGGAAGAAGGUCCCUGUGAAGAUCGUCCAUGCUGAGAGCACCACAGAGAGGGAGAGCCGCCAGUACCUGCUGCACAGCGAGAGAAAUGGGGCCCCUGGAGUUUCAGAGGGGCCCGACUUUCCCCCGCCCUUACCGACCAGCCUGCCCUCCCCUGAGCCGCAGCCCUACUCCCUGUUCCGUGCCUAUACCCCCUACACACGCCAUGGGCCCCAGAGUCCCCCGAGGGACCCAACCCUCCCUGUAGCCCCAGAAGAGGCCCUGUCCCCUGGGCGGUCUCAGACCAACGGUCCCUCCGGUACCGCCGUCAUGGGUCCCCAGCAGCCUCAGAAGAGUAAUUCGGAGGAAGAUGUGAAGAGAGAGGAGCUGGCCAGAGACAUCAUGGACAAGGAUAAGUCCCUGGUGGACAUCUUGGACCAGAGUAAGAUGAAGACCACCAUGGAUCUGAUGGGGGGGAUCUUCCCCCAGGGGGAGCAGAUCUUGGAUGGGGGGCACCAGAGGAGGAAAGUCUCCCCCAAACAGUGUUUGCCGCCCAGGGUCACGGAUGACAGGAGAGAGGAGGGGGGCAUGUCUGCUGCCACAGGGGCCCUGGUGACCAGCUCCACCUACUACAGUACAUCUGCCCCCAAGGCUGAGAUGCUCAACAAGAUGAAGGACAUGCAGGAAGAGGAGCUGGAGGAAGACUCCGAGGACGAACUGGACAUCGACCUGGCCAGCAAGAAGCAAGAGCUGAUUGACAGCCUGGGUAAGAAGCUGCAGGUGCUGCGCGAGGCCAGGGAGAACCUUCAGGAGGACCUCCACGAUAACAACUCUCUGGGGGACGAGGUGGAGGCCGUGGUGCAGAGGGUCUGCAAGCCCAACGAGCUGGACAAGUUCAGGAUGUUCGUGGGAGAUCUGGACAAGGUGGUCAGUUUGCUGCUCUCCCUGUCCGGCCGACUGGCCAGGGUGGAGAACGCGCUCAACAGUCUGGAGGAAGACACCACACCGGAAGAGAAGCGCACCCUGUCAGAGAAGAGGAAGCUGUUGAUCAGACAACACGAAGACGCCAAAGAGCUCAAGGAGAACCUUGACCGGCGGGAGCGCCUGGUUUACAGCAUCAUGGCUGCUCACCUCAGCCACGAGAGCCUGGCAGACUACCAGCACUUUGUCAAGAUGAAGUCAGCCCUCAUCAUCGAGCAGCGCAAGCUGGAAGACAAGAUCAAACUGGGAGAGGAGCAGCUGAAAUGUCUGCUGGAUAGUUUAUUGUUGGAGCAGAGGCUGCUGUUCUGACGAUUGCUAGUGCAAUCCGAGAUCCUUGGGACGUCCAUACCUUAACCCCUACCCUAACCUUAACCCCUACCUUAACCUUUCAACUUCAAUAGGGUGACAUCAGAGUUGGGAUGUCCCAGGGGUCUCAUUUAGUCUAUUCCUUCUGACAAUGGCCACACAGGUGAUGUGGUGUACUGACACAGACUGGCCACUAGAUGGCCUCAGAGGUGCUGUUGGACUUGGAUAUGAUGGAGGAUUCUCUGUGUGCUUUGUGGUCGUUGACUGACUGACUUGAAGCCUGUUACAUUUCAGUUCCACAGUACAGACAGGAGCUGUUUUUCUGUGCUGAAGAAACACCCCGUUUCUGGAUUUAAAGUAGCUCCUUUGAGGAAAUUCAUUAAGAUCGAUGAAAUGUGCUUUGCUAAACGUGUUUGAUUCAGGGAUGUUGGUGAGGCCUAUGCUCUCAAAUGAUUCUCAAGACGAGGCGGAGCGUCUGUUUUUAUAUAAUACGUGUUUGAAAGAUGAUUUUAGUAAUUUAUUGUAGCCUUUUAAAUAUUUACAGAUGACUUGACAUUUCAGGUAAACUCACCUAUAAACCUACGUUGUAGUUAAUGACAAUACAAAUGAUAUAUUCUUAUUGUGAAGUAUAGGUUUUAUAAUUAGAUCAUUUAACAGGGUUUUUCCUCAAUGGGACAGUGUUGGUUUGGUUGAGAAGUCUAAAGUUGUUUUCAUAUUUGCCCAAACAGUACUUGUCUUUCAUCAUAUUACACACACCACUAAUAGCUACAGCACAGAUGUACGUUUUCAACCAAUCUUGUUCUCAGGCCCCACUUCCCGUACAAUAGUAUGGUAUUCCUUGACAAUGUUUAUUUCUUACUCAUGUGCUGGGAUUGAUGGGUUACUGGUCUUUUUUUAAUUCCAAAAGUAUAAAAAGGUAAUUAAAGGUUUGAAAUCAGUUCUGGGCAUCAGGUAACCUGGUUAUAGAGGUGAGCCAGGAACCAACCUGACGUUGUGCCUGGGCGUCUGCCACUGUGAACACUAAAGGAUUUGUAUGUCCAUGCUUUGUAUAACCAUACACACAUUGUACUCUCACAUCAAUUUGAAGACAAUAAACAGUAUGACUGAA